CGGCGCGGCCAAUGGGCGGGCGGGGCGGUGCGUUUGAACGGCGCGGCGCGAGCGCGGCGGCCUGCGCGGCCCGGCGGGGUCCGUGCGCUGCCUGCCAUGCCGGGCCGCCCCGACGACUACGAGGUGCUGCUCACCAUCGGCGCCGGCUCCUACGGGAAGUGCCGCAAGGUGCGCCGCAAGGCCGACGGCAAGAUCUUGGUAUGGAAGGAGCUGGACUAUGGCUCCAUGACGGAGUCGGAGAAGCAGAUGCUCGUGUCGGAGGUGAACCUGCUGAGGGAGCUGCGGCACCCGAACAUCGUGCGCUACUACGAUCGCAUCAUCGACAGGAGCAGCACCACCCUGUACAUCGUCAUGGAGUACUGCGAUGGGGGAGACCUGGCCAGCCUGAUCGCCAAGUGCGCCAAGGAAAGGCAUUUCUUGGACGAAAGCUUUGUUCUCCGGGUGUUGACUCAAUUAACACUGGCCUUGAAGGAGUGUCACAGGCGGAGCGAUGGUGGAGUAACUGUGCACCGUGACCUGAAACCAGCAAAUGUCUUUCUAGAUGGCAAACAGAACGUGAAGCUUGGAGAUUUUGGACUGGCUAGGAUACUGCACCAUGACACCAGCUUUGCCACAACAUUUGUUGGCACUCCAUAUUACAUGUCUCCAGAACAAAUGAAUUACAUGUCAUACAAUGAAAAAUCUGACAUCUGGUCACUAGGAUGCCUCAUGUAUGAAUUAUGUGCUCUCUCGCCUCCAUUUACAGCUUGCAACCAAAAGGAACUGGCAGAAAAGAUAAGGGAAGGGAGGUUCAGGCGAAUACCAUAUCGUUACUCAGAUGAGCUGAACAACCUUCUCAGGGAGAUGCUGAAUGUAAAGGAUUACUGCCGACCUUCUGUUGAAGAUAUUCUGCAGCACCCCUUGAUAGAAGCUGUGGUGACAGAAGAACAAAAACUGAAUUUUGAUAAAAGAGGCUUGAAACCAUGGGAGCCAGAAAGGAUACAAUACUCAGAAGCUGCAAUAAAUGAGCUGAAACGGAAGGAGCAACAGUUACAGGAGCGAGAGCAAGCCAUUAAAGAGAGAGAACAACGUCUGGAGCAGAGAGAACGGGAACUCUGUGUUCGGGAGAGACUGGCAGAGGACAAACUUGCUAGAGCUGAAAGCCUGAUGAAGAGAUGCAAUCCCCGCCCGAUGUCGCAGGAAGUAUGCGCGGAAGGUCCAGAUAACGCACUCGCGCUUCCCUUUUCUUCAACCAAGAAGAGCUCACUCCUUGAUGGAAGUCAAGAGAAAGCUGUGCCUCCUCAUAACAUGGAAAACUAUUUCCUUUCCAAAGGGAAAAACUCUGAUCUCAAAAGCCGUCUAUAUGCUGCAAAUCUACGGGCUCAAGCACUGGCUGAACUGGAAAAAAGCUAUCAACUAAAGAGCAGACAAAUCCUGGGCAUGCGUUGAAACUGUAACAUAUAUUUAUCUUUGAAAAGAAGAUUAAAUGUAUAGGCAGAUACUUGUGCCUCCCUCUCUUAAGCUAGAACCUACUGAAAAAUUAUUUUAACAGUUGUACAAACUCUUAGUUUAGACAGGUAGUUUAUGAUAAAUGCAUAGUAUGCUAUAUUAUGAAAAUAGGUACUUUUGAUACAAAAUAAAACAAACUGAAUUAAUUGUAUUAUUAAAGAAAAAUAUUUUGGUCCUCCUGUUUACCAUACUUACUCUUCUGAAAAUAUAAAGAAUGAGUAUAUAUAAAUGAUUUGUUCAAAAUCUGAUGUGAAAAACUUUUCACGUGAAAAAUGUACAGAGAUUCACAGUCUGUAGGUUAAAAAUUAUGCUGUAUGUAAUGCACAGUUGUUGAUAAAGGAAGUAUUUAUAUUCUGUA